ACCAGCGCUCCCUCCGCCCCGACCUACUCACCCAGCUCACAAGCAUCUCUCUCUCACCUCCGGCGAAUAACACACCAGAGCUCACCUCUCCCCUCGCUUCCCCGCGAAAAUGUCGACUGACGUGGCUGCCGCUGACAUCCCGGUGCCUCAGGUGGAGGUAGCCGCCGACGCUGCCGUUGACACACCGGCGGCGAAGCCGGCCAAGGCGCCCAAGGCGGCCAAGGCCAAGAAGUCCACUGGCCCGAAGAAGCCCCGCGUCACCCCGGCCCACCCGUCCUACGCCGAGAUGGUGUCGGAGGCGAUCGCCGCCCUGAAGGAGAGGAGCGGGUCGAGCACCAUCGCGAUCGGCAAGUUCAUCGAGGACAAGCACAAGGCGCACCUCCCGGCCAACUUCCGCAAGAUCCUGCUGACCCAGAUCAAGAAGCUCGUCGCCGCCGGCAAGCUGACCAAGGUCAAGGGCUCCUACAAGCUCGCCAAGGCCCCCGCCGCCGUCAAGCCCAAGACGGCGACCAAGAAGAAGCCCGCCGCCAAGCCCAAGGCCAAGGCGCCAGCCAAGAAGACCGCCGCCAAGUCGCCGGCCAAGAAGGCCGCCGCGAAGCCCAAGGCCAAGGCCCCAGCCAAGGCCAAGGCCGUCGCGAAGCCCAAGGCGGCGGCGAAGCCGAAGGCGGCCGCCAAGCCCAAGGCCAAGGCCGCCGCCAAGAAGGCGCCGGCCGCCGCGACCCCGAAGAAGCCCGCCGCCCGGAAGCCGCCCACCAAGCGGGCGACCCCGGUGAAGAAGGCCGCGCCGGCCAAGAAGCCCGCGGCCAAGAAGGCCAAGAAGUAGAGCCCCGCAUGACGGACCUAGAUGCCCUGGCGGUAGUAUUGAGUAGCCUAAUUCUCUGUUCGGUGUUGUCAGUCAAGAGCUUCUUGACUGUGUCUUGGGCGGCGGUGGGCUGUAAAUCUGAUCUAUCUGUGCCGGGGGUGUACCCUUUGUGUCGAGGAAGAGUGAUAUCCAUGGGAAUCAGUUGUACUAGUAGCAGUAAUCUGUGUAAUUUAGUCUUUUUUAUUAUUGCAGCAAUGUCCAUGAGCUAUUUGUCAGAA